GAGGCGGGACGCGCGCGCUGGGCCCGGCGGGCAGGAUCGUGGCGGCCGCGCCGCGUCGCGAUGUUCGUGGCGCGCAGCAUCGCGGCGGAUCACCGCGACCUCAUCCACGAUGUCUCCUUCGACUUCCACGGCCGGCGCAUGGCCACCUGCUCCAGCGACCAGAGCGUCAAAGUCUGGGACAAAAGUGAAAACGGUGAUUGGCACUGCACUGCCAGCUGGAAGACACAUAGUGGAUCUGUUUGGCGAGUGACGUGGGCCCAUCCAGAAUUUGGGCAGGUCCUGGCUUCCUGCUCUUUUGAUAGAACAGCAGCUGUGUGGGAAGAAAUAGUGGGAGAGUCAAAUGAUAAACUCCGAGGCCAGAGUCACUGGGUGAAGAGGACUACUUUGGUAGACAGUAGGACAUCUGUUACAGAUGUGAAGUUUGCUCCCAAGCAUAUGGGUCUUAUGUUAGCAACAUGUUCAGCAGAUGGAGUUGUAAGGAUUUAUGAAGCUCCAGAUGUGAUGAACCUCAGUCAGUGGUCACUGCAGCAUGAAAUCUCAUGUAAGCUCAGCUGCAGUUGUAUUUCUUGGAAUCCUUCAAGCUCUCGAGCACAUUCUCCAAUGAUAGCUGUAGGAAGCGAUGACAACAGUCCAAAUAUAUUGGCUAAGGUUCAAAUUUAUGAAUAUAAUGAAAACACCAGGAAAUAUGCAAAAGCAGAAGCGCUGAUGACAGUCACAGAUCCUGUACAUGAUAUUGCGUUUGCUCCAAAUCUGGGACGAUCCUUCCACAUCUUAGCUGUAGCAACCAAAGAUGUACGAAUUUUCACACUAAAACCUCUAAGGAAAGAACUGACUUCAUCUGGAGGAUUAACAAAAUUUGAAAUUCAUAUUGUGGCACAGUUUGACAACCACAACUCCCAGGUGUGGCGAGUGAGCUGGAAUAUCACAGGCACUGUGCUUGCUUCCUCUGGUGACGAUGGCUGCGUUAGGCUCUGGAAGGCUAAUUACAUGGACAACUGGAAGUGCACGGGUAUACUGAAAGGUAAUGGGAGCCCAGUGAAUGGUAGUGCUCAGCAGGGAAUUUUUAAUGCCUCUCUAGGUUCAGCCAAUACAAGUCUACAGAAUUCACUAAAUGGAUCAUCUGCCAGCAGAAAGCAGAGCUGAUACCAAGCUAACUGGAGUAACUUUGGUGUUUUGCUGCUUGUUGCAUGCACACAGGAAUGGAAAACGAACUCCUUUUUCCCCUCCCCAACGCCGUUUGACCUCUCCCAAGACACCAGCAGCCUGCUAACUACUAAAUGCUGUUCAAAAAGCCUUUUUAAAACACCUUGUGUACGUUUUUUGUACUAGCCCGCACAGUUUGAUACUGUUGGAACUCCUCAUAGAAAAAUACUUGGAGAGGCUUCUUGUUUGGAAAAAAAAACCACCCACAACCAGCCAACCCCCAAAACUUCCAUUAAAACACUUUUUUCUUUCUUUUUUUGAAAGCUUGUUGAAUUAAAAGACUAGUUCAUGACUAAAACUGAGAAUUUUUCGUCCUUGAUUGGGAUGGGAGGAGGGAAACAACCAUGAAAAUAACUUUAAUGACAGUUGUUUUGAUGAUGAGUUUGUUUGGGAUUGGAUAGUGUUCAGCAUUUGAUUAAGAUGCCUGAACACCAUGGGUUUGUAACUGCUUUGUAAUAUAUGAAACUGCCAGUUUGGGAGGGAUAAGAAAAGUGUGUUUUGACACUUGUACAGAUGGUAGCUUUUAAUAGGUGGGUCUUGCUUCAUUUAUACCUUAGUAUGACUUCAAAUAAAUGUUUUCUAAGUACUGUCAUACUUUUGUCACCCUGAGAGAAGUACUUUUCCUGAUACGUGCUUGUGCAUCCCUGUGGUAAAUAAUUCCGUGGAGUAACUAAAAUUCUAUAAAAGUAGUAGUCUAAAAUCCACGAACCCUUGAGUCACAGAGACUGAAACCAAAAUGCAGCUUGUGAAUUGUCUAGUAGUUUCCUGACUCAUGUAGCUGUCCCUUUGUGUAAGUCCGCAGAACUGUAUAAAGAAGGCAGAAAUCAUCUGUAGGUAUCUAGCAGACUAAAAUGCAAAAGUAUUACGGGUAAGUUCCAAUAAAGUCAGCAGAAAAAUGAAGUGAAAUGGCUGAAUUCUGAGUCUUGUGUUCACCAGGAGUCUUCACACUGACUCUGAGGAUUCAUUCAGCAGGAAUAUGUAAAUACACAUGCAGACUGUAUGUCACUGCAAGUACCUAUGCUCUGUAAAUGUGUGUUAUUAAAUUGAAAGCAUUGUAAAAACAAGGAUGUUUUUACCUCUAUUCUGUAAGUGCUGUGAAUUGGAUGCACGGGCAGAAAAUGUACCUGGAUCAUAUCCAAUGUGUCUCUUGUGCCGCACGUGAAGCGUUAAAAGCUCUGUUAACGGAUCACAGGAGCUCUGGGAGAGUGGACGCUUGUUCAUGGCAGUUCUGCAGCAUCCUUCUCAUUCCCAAAGCGGUCUGUUCUCUGUACAAAUGUGUACUAGGGUUCCGAUAACCAUACUCCUUCCCAUGGAUUUCAGUGGAAAAGACUCUGUUAUUUUGGGGAUUUGUCUUGUUUUGAAUUCCAAGCCCUGAUUUCUGCUGUUACGUUCUGUUGGUUUUGGCAUGGAUAUACUAAAGCUUUUUUGGUUUUUUUUCCAGCAUGUCUUUGCUCCCCUUUGGUUCUCCUUGUAUUUACUACCUUUCUCUUUUUCUUGUUUUUGUUCUUUUUUUUCUUUUCUUUUCUCUUUUGUUUUGUUUGUUUUGUUGUUGGUUUUGGUUUUUUUGGUGUUUUGUUCCUUUCUUAAUUGUUUCAGGUAUUUCUUUCCCCCUCUGGAUUCCCCACGGGCUGGAUCGAGAUGGUCCAGCCAUGCCCAGCUCCUUCCUCCUCCUCCUCUGAUAGAGCACUCUUGCGAUGCUGACACUGCCAGCCUCC